GGAGGGAGGGUGGGGAAGCUGUGUUAGUGUUGCUGCAGAGAGAGCUCCAGCAGCUAACAUUAUAAUUGAGACCAGGGUUAUUGUUAAUAUACCCAAACGAACGGGGAGGGUGUUGUUUGUUUGCAUUUAGGGCAGCUGGCGAUGAAGAUAGGUAGGCCUAGUUAAGGGGAGCGGUGGUCAUGUAAAAGAUUAGAUGGGUUUUUAGGAGGGCUCUGGGCUAAUUUCCCUGAUAAAUGAAUUCCAGGUGCAUUACAUGUUGUUGCGUGCCUUGUACCAUUCGACCGAACUAAAGCUACAAGCCCCACAAUGCACUGUAGACGCGUGUGUAUAGCCUACUGUGGGUUCGAAAAAAAACUCCUCUUAUUGUUUCAUGUUUUGUCUUCAUCUUAUAUGUUUAAGAUUUUGGAAUUGGUAUGUAUCACCCCUGGGGGUCCUGAUUUCUGGUUACGGAGAGGAUGAGAUCUACCUCACAGUGACAUUAUCUUUGAGCUUCUGCGUGGGCCUUGGGUUCGGCUAUCUCUGUUCCUAUUAGUUGUACCAUUGCAUUUUACUAUGUGCGUCCAAGCCCCCGACUACAGCACCAUCUGGGUUACCAAUUGUGGUAGCAGCGCUUUCGCUUCUUUGCUGUGCUUCAUGUAGUAACUGCUCCACGUGCGGCUGGCUUUGGUAUUUUAUUUAAUAUUCAUGCAUUUUUUCAGCUGCCCACACAUGUUGAACUUGUCUGGCUUGUUUUCCAAAGGUGCUGUCAUUGCAUUCUUCAUUGAAAGUUUCCCGGAGAGAUUUCCUUGUAGGGAGGUGGACGGUGUGAACGACUGAAAAGUAAAACUCAUACUGAAUGGCAUUGGGGCAAAUAUUUGGUGAAAUUAAUAAUAGUUUUGAAGUCAACGAUAAAUAUCUUAAUAACGAAGAUUUCGCACCAAAUGGUACGGCUGUAGAGGAGAUAGAACAGCGGACCGCGAAAUGGCCCAGGCCAUUGGUAAGAAAGUGGACGGUAAUGCUUUUCUUGGGCACGUGCCUCCUCUACUGUGCCAGGAUGGCCAUGCCAAUCUGUGCUGUCAGUAUGGCUACCACGUUUGGUUGGACCAAGACACAAUCUGGCAUGGUAAUUGGGGGCUUCUUCUGGGGUUACUGCUUUACCCAGGUGCUGGGAGGACAUGCCAGCGACAGACUUGGUGGAGAGAGGGUUCUACUUCUUUCCACAACAUCCUGGACAGCCAUUACAGCCUGCACCCCUCUGUUGGCACGCCUGAACUUCAGCCCCCUAACAUCCAUGACUGUGGCUAGGUUUUUUAUGGGGCUAUUACAAGGUGUCCACUAUCCCUCUUUGGCUAGUCUUUGCUCUCAACGUGUGGUUGAAGGGGAAAGAGGCUUUCUGAUGAGUACCAUUGGCAGUGGUUCUUAUAUGGGAACGCUGAUGGUGGGGGGCCUGGGGUCCAUGAUAUUAGAACACUACGGCUGGGAGAGUGUGUUCUACUGCACUGGUCUGCUCUCGGGACUGUGGUCAUUGACUGUCUGGGGAUUUCUACUGCGAGGUCAAAAAUGCAAAGUGCAAAUGCAUUCAAGUCAUGGAUCCAUUUCGGGUUUGUCAAAGGAACGCUGGUUGAAAAUGUUCAAACAGCCCUCUGUAUGUGCCAUGGUCUUUGCACACCUGUGCUGCUGCAGUACUAAUUACACAUUGAUGUCAUGGCUACCAACCUUUUUCCAAGAUACAUUUCCACAUACCAAGGGAUGGGUGUGUAAUGUAAUUCCAUGGCUUGUUGCAAUUCCAUCUGCACUCUUUGGAGGCAUCAUUUCCGAUCACCUCAUUCAGCAAGGAUUUGGAAUAGCAUCUGUUAGGAAGAUAAUGCAGUUCAUGUCCAUGGUUGUGUCCAGUGUGUUUAUCCUGUUCCUCUGCAGACCCCUCUCCUUUCCUUCCGCUGUGGGUUUCAUCUCUGUUGCAGUGGGUCUGGCCACCUUAAGCGGCAGUGGUGUGUCUUUGAAUGUGCAGGACCUGGCCCCAUCAUGUGCAGGAGCCUUGUUUGGAUUUAUGAAUAUGUGUGGGGCUUUCGCAGGACUGGUCCUGGUCUAUGUCUCUGGGUACUUAAUUGAGGUCACAAAUUCCUGGGUUAACGUUUUCCACCUUAUCGCCGUGGUGAAUACAGUGGGUGUCAGCGUGUUCAUCCUGUUUGGAGAUGACAGACGUAUUGACUUGUGGAAUUUCUCCCAAGUUACAGUUGUCUGAUGCACAUAGAGAGAUUGCUCAGUAAUGUCUGUGUUUUUCCUAGCUGUCCCGUAUCUGCUGCAUUAAGAAGUUGUUUUUAGUUUAGAUUGUCCAUUAAAUGGCUGUGGGUUAUGCUGUCAGAGUCAGAGAAACAGUGAAAGGGGCUGUGGUCUUAUUUGGCACCGAUAAUCUUCUGGCAGUUGGAACAAACUUUUAUUUUGUUACUAGUCUCUCUUUUAAUUACACAACUGACUACCUAGCUAGUACAUUUGGUUUGUUGGAUGCUCUGAGGAAAUUUUGGAUUUACUUACUGUUUUUUUACAUUCUGAGAACAGAAGUGAAUAUUUCAACUUGAACAUUGUUUAUUUAAAGGUUGCAGGAGUGAACUGAGUGUUAUUUGACUUUGGUUGAUUUAAUGUUUUCCUGUGAUGUUUUCAUUUAAACUCUUAAGUAUGCAAAUUCUUUAUUUUUUUGUGUUUGUUUUUAACCCCUUUAAAAAUGUCACUGAAUGUUUCAAUGCAACUUCUAAAAACACAGCUAAUUUAUCAAACACAGAUGGGACAGAUGGAGAAAUUAUUUCCUUAGGCAUUAAUCAUGCAAACACCUUUUCUGUGCAGUACAGCAUCAGUCAGAUUCAAACCUACUGAAUUAUCAUCUCUUUGUUUAUUAUAUUAGUUCACUACACCACACAGACAACGCUACAGUCUUUCUACUCAAGCGUUUAAUAUUAGUCUAUUAACAUUGCUGAAACCAAACGAUGAACAAAAUAGAGUUCAGAACAUUUCAUGUUCUGAGGAUGCAAAAUAUAGAUGCAGCAAAGUGAAAUAUACAUACAAAUGACAGCCUAAAUGUGUUCUAAAUUAGUUCUUCUGUAGUAUUUUCAGCAUAAAAGUUCCUAGUUAUAUUAUGAUUCUAUUGAAAUUCAUAUUCCGAGAACAUUAAGAAAACAUUCAGACAAUCAUGAUGAUCAUUCCACAGAAAAUCUCACUGACCAUAAAGUGAUCACAAAAUGUAAUGAAUGCUUAAGGAAAUAAUUUCAUUGUGUAAUGUCUGUUAAAUAUAUCCUCAAAUAAGGCUAGCAGUCUUAACUUAAACUCUAUAUGCUAAUUGUAUUUUAACAGAUUUUUUGUGAUGUUUUAAAUAAAUAUAUAUUUUUUUUAAUGCAAUCAGUCUUGAAGUUGACUGAUCAGGAACACUCAAAGAUGUAGGUGUAUAGCUGUCAGCCACUACCAUCCACAGAAGACUUCACCAGCCGAUCACAGAGGCUUGCUGGAUGGCAACGUACAAAAACACUAGUUAGCCUCAAAAACUGGAUGGCCUAAAAGUACCUAAAAGAGCCUACGGAGUCCUGGGAAAAGUUAUUGUGGACAGAUGAGAAGAAAACGAACAAACACCAGAGUGAAGGCAAGAGAAAAGUGUUGAGAAAAUUAACUAUUUGGCAUACCAGCUCAUCCGUGAAAUAUGAUGGAUGGCUGUUAUGUUAUUGGCAUGUGCUUUUGGCACUGGAACUGGCUUAUUUCACUGAUUAUUUAACUGCUAACAGUAGCAGCAGGAUGAAUUCCAGGUUGUACAACAAAUAGCGUGUCUGAGAGGACAGAUGUCUAUGGUUAUUCAGCAGAGAAACACCAUUUGUACUCUGUGACAGCUGAACAGUGAGGAAAUGAACAGUUGGGGGAUGCUCCCUUAAUUUAAUGAACUAAUACAGUUUUUAUACCUGUCAGAGAUGAUUAACAUUAAUAUGUUAAUUGAAGCAAUAAUGUCUCAAUCUUGCCCACUAGUUCCAUCAUGUGAUGUGCUGGCCUUAAUAAAAAUAAUAACAUUUGUAGACAUUUCAAGACCACAGUGCUUCCACAUAUUGCAGUCCCAAGGGCCCCUCUGACCAAAAGUAAAUGUAAGUAAUCUGUUUUCUGAGAACUUACAGAAGUAACCAUGAGAUGAUCCAAAAUACGGUAAUCUUCAGUGGAACAAUGGAUGCAUAAUGACAAACCUCCAACCUACUUUGUUUCAUGCCUUGAAAACAUUAAAAUGUAUGAUGUGA